AUGAAUGAAAAUAAAGAUAUCAAAAUAAGAGAAGCGGUUCAAUUCUUAUCAGAGGGCGAUAAAGCAACCAAAAAGAGUUGGUUCAAGAAACCUGAAUGGGACGUUGCCGGACAAAAUUACGAAAAAGCUGCUUCGUGUUUUAAGGCUGCUCGAUCAUUUGAUCAAGCAAUUCAAGCCUAUCAAAAGGCUUCGGAUGCCAUGUUUAAAUCGGAUUCCUUAUAUAUGGCCGCAAAAUCAAUGGAAUCUGCUGCAAACCUAGCGGUUCAACAACUUAAACAACCUGAACGAGCAAGUGAAAUAACUAUGGAGCCAAUUUCGGUCGAUAGUGCCAUAGAAUUCUAUGUUUCUGCAUGCAACUUAUUUGAAUCGGAAGAUCGUGGAAGGUUCGCAAUCGAUACAUUUAAGAGAACAAUAGCGAUUAUGAUUAAAAACAAGAGAUACAUAGAAGCAGUAGAAAUAAUGCAUCGACUUUCAAAGAUAUAUCAAAGCAAUAAUAAUCAAUCAGGAUUGAAUAAAAAUUGUUUAGGCAUUAUCGUAACGUUAUUGGCGGCAGAAGAUGAGGUUGAAGCGAAAAAACAAUUUCAAACGUUUUGCCAGCAUGCCUUUGUCCGGUCAGAGGAAUCAGCGAUUUCAAGUUCGCUUUUGGAUGCUUUUGAACAGGGUGAUCAGGAUCUUAUCGACAAAGUCAUGCGUAGUCCGAUCGUUACAUAUUUGGACAAUGAAAUCGCUAAACUUUCUAGAGAACUGCAAGUUCCUGGAAUUUCAAGUCGACCUUAUAUCCCUCAACAAGAGGAUCAAGAGAAUAAGAAUAUUUUUAAUCAUGAGCAGAGUGAUUCUCAUUUUUUGCAUAAUCAGGAGAAAAAAUCGAGUCCUUAUUCUUUAAAUGAUCAUAUGGGAAACGAGGAUGAAAAGCAAAAAAUUGACGGUGAUAAUGAUGAAAAGAAGGUUACUGCACUUCCUGCUGAGGAUCCAAUACAUCAACCUCCAUCUGCUAUUUCAGCACCUGUACAUUCACAGGAAACAGCCGAAGAGGAAGAUGAAGGUUUAUGUUAA